CCAUAUCGUUCACAACGUCGCCUCCGUGUGACAUGCCGUGUCUCAUCUCACAUGACGCACCUAGCACAAUCCCGGUACUGGGGGAAGACAUGCUUUCGACAAUGCAGUCGGUCUUUCCAAGACUCACAGCUUGUUUUCUUUUCCAGGUACCGUUGACGACCUACCUACACGGGCACCAAGCUAGUAUGCAUUUAUGGGGAUUAUGCGACAAGCGACAGCUCGAAGUCAAGCCAGCCAGUGCGCCAAGCUACACCAGCCGCACGGAGUCUCAAGCCACAGCAUUCUUAGUCCCUUGCGAAGCGCCAUCAUCAUCGUGAAUCUGCAGCAGAUUGAUGCAUAUCAAUUGGCAAGAGCAAUGUUUCCCACACUUGUAAGACGAUUAGCGACGAGCCCGCCCUCGGCGCCAAAGCUCGGCAAUAUCGUGAACGCGCGGUUCUCUGAGUACAAGCCGAAAAAGGUGUGGCCGCCAGAUUUCUCGAAGCUCUCCAAGAAGGAACAGUUCAGAUUCGAGAAGCGUUAUAAACGGCGCAUAAGGCUAGCGACGGCGCGGCCGCGCUGGAAUAAACUUGUCCAGCUGGCACAGCUAGGGACCGUGACAUUUGUUGUUGUGUACUCGAUCCUAUUUAUGGAGUGGAAUUCUGAAACACAGCCUUUUCAGGGCGUUCGAAACACAUUUUGGAAUGCCAUAGGUGCACUCUCUUCAGAGAAGCGCCACGUGGGAGAAACUUCCGAUCUUCCUGCAACGGCAAACCAGAAGUCAUAGACAUUUUGUACAUUACAGACCUCUCACAUAUCAAAGCGCAUUGGGCGGAGUUAUGGAUUUGUUGAGAUACCACGUUUUCCAUGUCAUAGAGUGUAUAUGAAUAUAUAUU